UGUUACCUCACGGUCGCGCGCAUUGUUGGGUGUGUAUUUGUGUGUACAGGUGGAAAAAACUGCGUGACAUUUGAUUUAUGUCAUCGGAUGCAGGGAUUUACAGUCCCACUGCUCUGUUCUCGUAAAAUGCUGAUCUGAGGUCAGACCGCGCAAAUUGUUUCGCGCCUUCAGCGUGUUGCUGUGCAGAAUGAAGCGCGCCCGGAGUGGAGGCGGAGUCUCGACUCGGUUUCUACGGCGACGUGCAGCUUGUAAAUAGCGUGUUUUCUUCUCCAUGCGAACUCAAACACAUUCUCACGGAGCGCGGACACAAGGCUGUAUCUGUCCGUCAGAUUCACUCAGUACAACACAGCUCCGGUUAUUUGACAGAUUUCGUCCUCAGGAAAUUGCUAUUUGUGUACGCUUUCAUUUUAUUUUAUCACAAAGUAAACAUUUGGAUGAGACAUUGGAAGGGAUGGAGAAGUAUGAGAAGAUCAGUAAAAUCGGUGAAGGCUCUUACGGCGUCGUGUUCAAGUGCAGGAAUAGAGACACCGGACAGAUCGUUGCCAUCAAGAAGUUUGUGGAGUCUGAGGACGAUCCCAUCAUUAAGAAAAUAGCGCUCAGGGAAAUCCGCAUGCUGAAGCAACUGAAACAUCCAAACCUGGUGAAUCUGAUUGAGGUGUUUAGAAGAAAGAGAAAACUGCACCUGGUGUUUGAGUACUGUGACCACACCGUCCUAAAUGAGCUGGACAGAUACCCAAGAGGUGUUCCAGAACACAUGGUUAAAAGCAUCAUCUGGCAAACACUUCAGGCUGUGAACUUCUGCCAUAAACAAAAUUGUAUCCACAGAGACGUGAAGCCUGAAAAUAUUCUCAUCACCAAACAUCAAGUCAUCAAACUCUGCGACUUUGGCUUUGCCAGGAUCCUCACGGGUCCGUGUGAUUAUUACACGGAUUAUGUAGCGACGCGGUGGUACAGAGCUCCAGAACUGCUAGUAGGAGACACGCAGUACGGCCCACCAGUGGACGUCUGGGCAGUAGGGUGUGUGUUCGCAGAGCUGCUCUCUGGUGCUCCUUUAUGGCCGGGCAAAUCCGAUGUAGACCAGCUGUAUCUCAUCAGGAAAACUCUGGGUGAGUUGAUUCCUCGACACCAGCAGGUGUUCAGCACUAACCAGUUCUUCAGUGGAGUUUGUGUCCCUGAACCACAAGAGAUGGAGCCUCUUGAACUGAAGUAUCCAAAUCUCUCGUACCAAGCGCUGAGCCUCAUGAAGGGUUGUCUGCGGAUGGACCCGGCUGAGAGGUUGUCCUGUGAGCACUUACUGGAACUGCCAUACUUUGACAGUCUGAGGGAAGAGAGCGAGAGUGUGACACGUGAACUGGACCGCAAGAGACGCACACGCCAGCCACGCAAACACCUGCCACCUGGGUAUCUGCCUCAGUUGGCCAGCAGUACUGUCUUCCCAGCCGUGGAGAACAGAAAAUACUACAACAACCUGCGCAAAUUCAACUAUCAUCUACCCAACAUAUGAUGGACGUCAACUCAUCAGGAACCCGAGAACCGACCAACCACCUCCCAGCUGGUGUGUGAGUGUGUGUGUGUGUGUGUGAGAGAGAGAGAGAUAGACAAAGGGCUCUGCUCUGCCUAUAGAACAAUGAUGUCACACUGCCAAAGCAAAGACUCACAGAGGCAUUUCUGUCAUAUGUAAAAAGACAACAGCAAUAAUAAUAGCGUUAAAACUGAAUGCUGUGCUGUGCUUCAUAGUUUGAUUAGAGACUAAUAUCAGUGCUGUAGAAGAGUUUGCUCUGUGGGACCGAUUUAAUUUUUUUGUACCUUUAUUAGAUGCAGAUAUUUUUCUUUACUAUAAAUCCUAAUGAUGCUUCAUGUUUGUUUGAAGUGUGUAUAUACUGUAUGACUAAAAUCAUUUCUAGAGACGUAACCAGACCCAGACAGAAUCAACAAACUUUCUUCAGAUUCUCUGUAGAUAAAAGACUGUGGAAUUUUUAAAAAUUAGAAUUGUGAGUUGCUGAAAGCACAAUCAAAUUAGCCAAAAUAUUUAAUAACAAUAGGUUUGGGGAUGUGUAGGACUUGUUUGAAUUGUACAGAAAUCUGUGGCAUUUUUUGUGUGGGUCUGGACAUAACCCUGUAUUUUCUUAAUAGGAAACCCCAGGUAUUAGGACUUAUAUGGCUUAAUAUAACAUAAAUGAUGUCUCUUACUUAUGUAGUAGAAAACCCAUGAAAGAUUUACGUUAUUUAAAACAUCCACAUUGUUUUAUACACAUUUUGGACUAUAGGGGACACAAUUAGUCAAGUCAAGUCAAGCUUUAUUGUCAUUCUGCUACAUGUGUGGACAUAUAGUGGAACGAGAUGUCGUGUCUCACAGGACCACGGUGCUACAUACUAGUUAAGCAUAAUAUAAACAUACAACAGUACACUAACUAUUUAGGUCACAUCAAAUGGUUACACUCGGUGUGGUGCUGGCACUAACUAUUGCUGUUUUUACCACAACACAACUCAGAAAAUAAAAUAUUGAUACGAUGACCACAGCUAUUGAAAGAGAGAUUUUUCCCCACAAGGAGUCUAAUCCUCCCGGGUAUCGAGUGAAAUCCACGCUGAGAAACUCCUUCAGUGGCUGCGCCAUCGUGACAAGUGUCGGCAUGUUUACAUCCUGCCAGGAUGGCAUCUAGCGUGUCUUGUCUCUGCCGUUUGUAAGCUCUUUCAGCAGCUGUGGUCUAAAAAGCCACAAAGGCAUCAGGGCUAAAGUGGAAGAACAAAGGCACAGGUCUUUAACAAGUUUUAUUCAUCCACAGGCAUCUUCUCAUUCUUUUCUCCUCUUCUUAUCACUAGGAAAGCAGUGAAGACUUAAAUCACUUCUCUUGUUGACCUCCGACUUAAAAUUACAAGCAAAAGCUGCACAAUGUGGCAUCGUAUCAGCAUUUUAUUUUCCAGGUUGUGGUAAAAAUAGCAUCAGGUAGCGCCAGUAGCUUACAGAGUGCAACCAUUUCACGUCAUCUAAAUAAUGGCACCCUCCAUAGUCCAAAAUAUGUAUAAAACGAUGUGGAUUUUUUAAAUAACGUAAAUCUUUCAUGGGUUUUCUACUACAUAUUUCAGUAAGAGACAUAUUUUAUAAAGCUUAAUACACUGGGUUCCCUUUAACAUUUAUUA